UUCAACAACAAAUCAAUUCACUAUGUAAUUGUUUGUUUUGGUAGUGUUUACGGUUAUUUGGAGUUCAUCUCCUACGUUAGAGGAGAGGCUUUACAGUCGAAUAACUUCCACAGUCUGUCUGUUAGUCUGUGUUAUCCAGUAGCCGCUAAUACUAGUAAACUGGCUACAUUAGCUAGCCAGCCGGCUAAAGGCAGCUAACCGAAGCAAGUCAAACUUUCAUCAGCACCAGUGAGAGAAGAUGGACUCAGGUGUUUUUACGACCUUUUCCGAAGGCAACCCCUUACCUCUGGCGUCACUGCGCCUCCUGGUCCCACCUUUUCAGCUCAUGACAGCCUCUAUGUGGCAGGUGCUGAAGAGACAUGAUGUCAUGAACUACUGGAAAGUGGCAGAGUUCAUCUCUUUAGUAAAUGACAUGGUCCCAGAGCUGCUGUUGUACAAGCACAGGACACAACUUAACCUGGGGUUAAGAGCUAGGUUUAUUCUUGAGUUGUGCCGAAGGGAACAGCCUGUGGAACAUGACUUCAUCUUGUCUCACCUGGACCAGAUUAAAUCACAACACCCUUCCCUGGUAGAUAUAAAAGAAUCAGAAGAGGAGGAAGUACUGGUUCACUUUCUGGAGUUAAUUCAGACCCUGCUCAAAGAUCCUGAAGAGAGACGAGGCUUUUUCUCAGAGGUCUUCCCUGCUGAGUAUGGACCACAGUAUGACAGUGAUUUGCAGACGCUGUUUUGGGAGUUCCUCUGCCGACUGGCUCAGCUGUUGCCAGUCCCUGACCUAGAGCAGACUGUUUCCUGGCUUGGAGCUGAAGGUUCUGUGUUUGAGGAAUGUGUGUGUUCCGUCUCUGAACCUACACACCUGAGGACUUUGCUCCAGCACCACAAACACCUCGGCCAUUUAGAUCAACAUGUUCCACCCUCAAGCAUGGGCGACAGCAUUCUCUCCUCCCUCUCUGCAGUUCCCGCCAGAAGAAUGGCAAACCCGAAAGAACAACCCAACCAGUCACAUCCCCUGCGAGACCUCAGUGAUGACACACACACCACUGUUUCUUUUGUGGAUGACGUAGCGAUGGAAAUCAUCACAGUGACGGAUUACGCGGAGGUCGAACUAGGUGCGAGCACCGACGUAGAGGUGAUGAUGGGAGUAAACUGCUUUGAAGGAACAGACGGGGUGGCUGAAGAUUCACUGGUGGUGCUCACAGAAGAGACGACCAGGGAGGAGGAUGUAGGUGAAGCAGGGGAGGAAACAACACAAGAAAAGCCUGUCAGUGGUUUGAUAAACAUCGUCCAUACAAAAGUUAACAAGGACGCCUCUGCAGACUCUCAGUUUCAGACCUCUUUGGGACCUCAUGACUGCCCAGACUGUGAGAAGAAAUUUAAGUUUGCUUCUGCGCUUACUGCACACAGGGUUAUCCACACCGGCGAACGCCCCCACCGAUGCAACGAGUGCGGCCGUUGCUUCUCUUUCAGGCAGUCCCUCGACAGGCACAGGAACACACACAAGACGGGACGGAAGUACAGUUGCGUGGUUUGUGGGGAGACCUUCCACUCUUUGAUGGCCCGCACGGAGCACAAGCAAACGCACAUGGAAGACGGUGUUUACACAUGCCAGCAGUGCAGCAAAAAAUUCAAUUGGGAGCUCGCUCUCGCAAGGCACCUGAAAACUCACACUGAUAACCACACAGACGCAAACAAGACAUCGGGGAGCCACGAGCAGGUAAAAGAGGUCAACGCCCUGGCCGAAUCUGACCGCCAGGCUCGAGCAGCUGAUGAUUGUGAUCGUAAUUCAGAGAAUGCAGAGGUAGAGAGCAGCGAGUGUCCCGCCUCAGAGCCUGGAGGCACACUAAAUGAAGUCAUUUCUCUAGUCAAAGUACGCACAAGCGGGCGCAAACGCAAACCAACCAUGAAGAUCCAGGUGAUAAAUUUGCAGAAGCGCAUGACGACUAAGAGGAGGAAGGAGAUCAACAGUGCGAGUCCUCCAGCAGCACUGAAGCCUUUGCCUUUCAACUGUGCAGAGCACUCUUAUGGGUCAACCAUGGUGUCAUUGAAGGACAGGGAUGAAAAUGGAUCAUCAAAGGCGUUCUCCUGUCCUAAUUGCUCCUUCCACCAUUCAGAAGAAGUGCAGGUCCAGCAGCACAUUGACAAAGUUCACUCUGUUGAGGUAGAGGAUGACAAGCCGUCCCUUCAGUGCCUCACAGAAGAGGAGGGACGUUUUAGUUGUCCAGACUGUGAGAAGAGCUUCAAGUUCCUGUCCUUACUAAAAGCCCACCAGCGUAUCCACACCGGUGAGCAGCCCUUCCUCUGUUCUCAGUGUGGACGGCGUUUCUCUUUCAAACAAUCACUGGAGAGGCACAAGCAGACGCACAAGUCUGGACGCAGGUACGAGUGCCUGAUCUGCGGGGAGUUCUUCAAGUCCCUGGUGGCACAGAGGGAGCACAAGAGCACCCACAUGGAGAAUGGCGAGUACCUGUGUUCGGAGUGUGGCCGGGCAUUCGCCUGGAAGUCUGCGCUGGUGAGACACUUAAAGACCCACAGCGAGGAUGCCAACAAAGUGGAGCGUUCUCACAAAUGCCCUCGCUGUGACCUGGGCUUCAGCUGUGUCAGCUACCUCAACAGGCACCUCCAAACUCAUCAAGAAGAGCGAAUGCACAUUUGCAACUGCGGGAAGAGCUUCGCCUACCGGGCAGCUCUCACAGCACACCAACGCAUCCACCAAAAAGAGCGGCCACACAGAUGUGCGCAGUGCGGCAAGGGAUUCCUCUACAAGGGCGGUUUGCUGAGCCACAUGAAGAUCCACUCAGAAGAAAUGCCCUUCAUGUGUUCCUACUGCGGCAAGUGCUUCAAGAGGGAACGCAACAUGAAGAAGCAUGAGCGCUGCCAUACCAGGGAAAACGUGUUCAGCUGCUCGCAAUGCGACAAGAGUUUUGUCUAUAAGGCGACUUUGAUCCGACACGAGCUGACACAUUCCGGCGAGAGGCCGUACCUGUGCUCCGACUGCGGGAAGGGUUUCUUUUCCCACGCAGAGCUUCUGAAGCAUGAGCGUUUCCACACGGGCCACAAGCCCUUUCAGUGCCCCCACUGUGGCAAGAAAUUCACACAGUCUUGCUACCUGACUAUUCACCUGCGCUACCACACCGGAGUCCGACCGUACUCCUGUGCCGAGUGUGACAAGAGCUUCCUCAGUGCCAAUCGGCUGAAAAGACACCAGCAAACGCACACAGGGGAAAAACCAUACAUAUGUGUGGAAUGCGGGAAAGGCUUUAGGCAGUCAUAUCAUCUCAAAAUGCAUCAAAGAACACAUAUCAUGAAGUUAACAUAGACUUCAUGAGACAUUGAAAUAUCUGAAACUUUAUAUUUGGAAUUUAAAUUGGGAUUAUCAUUUAGAUUAGGACAAAAGUAACAUAAGAUUCAUUAUAGGUUCAUGUUCAUGUCCCAUUUUCAGACUGAAUGCAUUUGAUUUCAUGGU